CCCUGUUACCUAGGUAUGAGGCUGCGUGCUAUUGUGGGCGGUAGUUGGCAAUAGCACGGCCGUGUCACGGAUCCGGGUCCGGGGCGUGACAUGCUUGAAUCAUUCCCAUGACGUGCGAAAACAUGAUCAUGAGCGAUAUGUAUGACCCCAUAUCAGGAGCAAACUGAUAUUUGAUCCAACGACCCGGAGUGCAUCAAACCUUCAUCAACCCGUGCAGCGGGAUCGAUAUAUAUCCACUAAUUCAACCGUCCUUCCCUUUGCAUGCACAUACGCUCUAUCUAGCCAUGGGAGAAGGCGGCUUCGGCUCCCCGGCCUUCUUCCUCCUCCUUGCCAUAUCCCUCGUCUCAGUCCUUUUCCUUGCCACCCUCUCGAAGGCCCGGUCCGGCCGCCGCCGCCUUCCUCCGGGACCCCUGUCCCUACCUGUUAUCGGCCACCUGCACCUCCUCCGGCCCCCCGUCCACCAGACCCUCUACCGCCUCGCCACCCGCCACGGCCCUAUCUUCACCCUCCGCCUCGGCUCCGCCCUGUGCGUCAUCGCCUCCUCCCCGGACCUCGCCCGCGAGCUCUUCAAGACCCACGACACUGCCAUCUCCAACCGCCCCCAGACCGCCGCCGCCCGCCACUUCGCCUACGACGCCGCCGGCUUCGCCUUCGCCCCCUACGGUCCCUACUGGCGCUUCGUCAAGCGCCUCUGCAUGUCCGAGCUCCUCGGGCCCCGGACCGUCGACCUUCUCCGCCCCGUCCGCCGCGUCGAGCUCCUCGACCUCCUGCGCGCCGUUCUCGACAAGUCGGCACGUCGUGAGCCCGUCGACAUGAGCUCGGAAAUAAUCAAGAUGACGAACAAUGAAGUCACGAGGAUGGCGGCCAGCACGACGUCGUCGGGGGCCGGAGGGGAGACCAAGGAGGCUCGGGAGCUGGUGAAGCAGGUGGCGGAGCUCGUCGGGGCCUUCAACAUUGCCGACUACAUCGGCUUCUGCAAGAACCUGGACCUCCAGGGGCUGGGGAAGAGGGUGAGGGAGGUGCACCGGAGGUUCGACGCGUUGAUGGAGAGGAUCAUAAGGGGGAAGGAGGAAAAGAGGAGGAGGAGGAAGGAGAUGGGAUGUGGGGGAGAGGACGAGGUGAAGGACUUGCUCGACAUCUUGCUUGAUGUGGCCGAGGACGACGGCGCGGAGAUGAAGCUCAGCAGAGAGAACAUCAAAGGUUUCAUCUUGGAUAUCUUCACUGCCGGCUCCGAUUCUUCUGCUGCUACCAUUGAAUGGGGACUGGCCGAGCUCAUCAACCAUCCCGAAGCUCUGGAGAAGGUGAGAGAAGAGAUCGACCGGGUCGUCGGGAAGGACCGGUUGGUCGGGGAGACCGACCUCCCGAAGCUGCCCUACCUCCAAGCAGCCAUGAAAGAAACCAUGAGGCUACAUCCGGCGGCCCCCGUAGCCCACAGGCAAACCACCAAAGACAUCCACGUCGGCGGCUACGACAUCCCGGCCGACACCGUCCUCAUGGUUAACCUGUGGGCCAUCGGGAGGGACCCCAGCUACUGGGAGGACCCGCUGGAGUUCCGGCCGGAGAGGUUCAUGUCGGACGCGGCGGCGGUCGAUGUCAGGGGGCAGCACUUCCAGCUAUUACCGUUCGGGAGCGGGAGGAGGGGGUGCCCCGGGAUGGUGCUGGCUAUGCAGGUGGUGAGCGUGACGGUGGCUGCGAUGGUGCAGAGCUUCGAGUGGGAGGUGGUCGGAGGCGAGGCAGUGGGGGAGGGGAGGGUGGACAUGGAGGAGAAGGAGGGCUUGGUGGCCGCACGGCAGCACCCACUGGUCCUUGUGCCUGUGGCUCGCUUGGACCCAUUUCCGGCGUUGGCGUAAUAACGAGCAAGGAGCCAAGGAAUUUUCGAUGCGGGCCCUCGACGACCCUCAUGUUGGAAAUAAUUCAAACCUGGAGAGAAUAAUCAAUUGCAUUUUGUUUUUUGAAUAAGUUAGAACGUGUCUAGUUCGUUGCUAGGAUGUUGGGCCUGUUUGCUAGUAUGUAGGACAGUUUUAACUAAUGCUAUGAUGUAGGACUAUUUGUGUUUGUUAGAGAAAAAACAUGGCAAGUGUAGAACGUGUUUACUUCCUUGUCAAGUCAUCGAGUUUAUUUAAGAGUACUCUGUUAUGUGUUCUAUGUGUGUAAAAAAAAAAAAGGAUUUAUCAAUACAACUGAGUCUUUGUUUUUUCA